GGCCGCGCCGCGGGGGCCCCCGAGGGCGGGUGGCCUCUGCGGGCCGCGCUCGCGGCCGCGGGCGCGGGGCCGCCCGGGCCGGCGCUGGCCGGGCGGAGGCCGGUGGCCCGGGAGCCGCAGGUGGCGCUGGCAGCCGCGAAAGCGAAGGCUGCGAAGGUCGACGCUGCCGCAGCUGGUUCGCAGCUCGACCUGACGCGCUUCGCCGCCGCCUCUCUCAAGCAGAGCCUGAAGGGGCUCGGGCUGCAGGCCACCGGUGCGAAGGCGGAGCUGGUCGCAAGACUGCAGGGUGGCGCCGACGGGGUCGCCAUGGGGAGGCGGAGCGUCGUUCAGCUCAGGAGCAGCCUGAAGGCGCUGGGGCUGAGCGGGAACGGCAAGAAAGAGGAGCUCGUUGCGCGUCUUAUAGAGGCUAUCGGUGAGGAGGUGCCGGCAGAAGAUGCGGAGGCGUCCCAAGUGGAGGAGGUGGAGGAGAAGGAGGAGGAGGAGGAGGAGGAGGUGGAGGAGGUGGAGGAGGAGGACGUCGACCUCGCGAGCCUGCCCAGUGACCAGCUCAAGGUGAGGCUGAAGAGGCUGGGACUCCCGCAGUCCGGCAAGAAGGCCGACCUCGUCGCGCGCCUGCGCGAGGCCGCCGCGGAGGAGGCAGCACAGGAGGAGGGAGAUGAGGCCGUCUCAGAGGACGACGGUCUGGAUAGCCUGAGUGGUGCCGUGCUCAAGGAGAGGCUGAAAAAGCUGGGGCUUCCUGUGUCUGGCAGGAAGGCCGAGCUGGUCGCGCGCCUGCGGGAGGCAGCCUCAGAGGGCGAGGAAGAGGUGGAGGCAGAGGACGAGGUGGAAGAAGGGGAUGAUGAUGAGGAGCAGGAGGACGAGGACCUGGACAGCCUAAGGGUCGAUGAGCUGAAGGUGAGGCUGAAAAGGCUGGGCCUGUCGAUGUCCGGCAAGAAGGCUGAGCUCGUCGCGCGGCUGCGCGAGGAAGGUACCGAGGCGGUCGAGGAGGAUGAGGAUGAGGAUGACGAGGAGGACGAGGGGGAAGUGCAGCGCGCCGGCGGCGGCUCGGACUGGCUGAAGAAAGGGGCCGACGUGGACGUCAAGCACGAGAAUGUGUGGUACACCUGCAAGGUCCUAGACGUCCAGGAGGGCGGUGAGCUCGUGACGGUGCUCUACUACGACGGCGAGGACGAGGAGGAGGGCGUGGAGGUCUCGAAGCGCGUGCGAGCGCUCCGGCCGACCUGGGUGAAGGAGGGCAUGAAGGUGGAGGUCGACUCCGAGGAGGUCUUCUAG